AUGGAUCCAGCUCGUCAAGAAAUCGCUUUUUAUGCAAACAACCAGCAACAUGGAUUAACCAAGGAAGAGAUCAAGAGUUUUGUUGCUGAUUUUGCCAAUGCUGCUAAAAAUUCAGUCAAAGCUGGUGCUGACGGUGUGGAAGUCCACAGUACUUUUGGUUUUAUUUUAAACCAGUUUCUAGAUCCAGCUUCGAACAAAAGAACUGAUGAAUAUGGUGGUUCAAUUGAAAACAGAUCUCGUUUUACCCUAGAAGUUAUUGAUGCGUGCAUUGAGGCCGUUGGUGCUGAAAGGGUUGGUGUGAGACUAUCUCCAUGGGCUACAUACGGUGCUAUGUCUGGUGGUGAGGAUCCUACAUUGUUAGCAACCUAUGCCAACAUUCUUGGUGAAUUAGAGAAAAGAGGCAAAGCUGGGAUGUGCCUAGCAUACGUGCACCUUAUUAAGCCUCGUAUCACUGAUCCCUUCUCACCAGAGGGUCAAGGUGUAUAUAAAAAUGGUAAUAACGAUUUCGCUCAUUCUAUUUGGAAGGGACCAAUCAUUAAAUCUGGUAAUUUAGCUUUGAAUUCUGAGGUUGUGAAAGAUAUGGUCAAGGAUGCUAGGACUUUGAUUUCGUACGGAACGUUUUGA